AUGGCCACCGCCGUAACACAAACCACAACCAUGUCCGUGUCCCAAGACACAGAUUCCAACCAAAACGCAAACCCCGCGCCAACCAUGCUGAAACUCGGCUCCCCGCUGGAUAAUAAUGGGCGUCACCAGCCCGACAACGAUCCUGAUUCGUCGCAGACCCCCGCCGCCGUGUUUGAUAUUUCGCCCGAGGCUGCAUUACACUUGCUUUGUUUGAAUAUUGAGCGGCUAGGCGCUUACUUUGCUCAGAGACCUGUCGGAACCGAUGAGCUGCAUGCGCACAGCUCCACGCCUCUGGGUUAUGAUACCCCUGCCGAGGAUGAAUUGGAAGUGAAAACUGUCGGGUUGCAUGUUAAGGACUCGGAUGAUCCUGUCGACCCUGUGAGGGCGACGGAAGAGGCGAUUCAGAUGGCUAUCUUGGCGAAGAAGUUUUUGUCGAAGAAGGUGCCGCCGAUUCCGUUGAAGGAGUAUCUGCUUCGUUUGCAUAGGUACUGUCCUAUGUCUACGGCGGUCUAUCUCGCCGCUAGCGUGUAUAUAUCUAAGAUGACGCUGGUCGAGAAUGUGUUAAGAGUUUUGCCGAAGAAUAUGCACAGGCUUGUGCUUGCUGGUGUUUGGGUUGCUUCGAAGGCUCUAGAGGACUUGAGCUAUCCGCAUAGCCGGGUUGCGAAGGUUGGUGGAGUCAGUGAGCAGGAAUUGUCCAAACUCGAGAUCAGCUUUUGUUUCCUGGCCGACUUUGAGCUGCGUGUUGAUGCGAAGAUGUUGAUGAAAGAAGCCUUACGCCCUCAGACUACUCUGGAAUAA